AUGGAUGGCUUUAAUUACUUACAUAAAGUUAACGUGGAGCCUUUGAAUGCUUUAGGCCAAGUAAUAGAAUCCAUCUCGUCGACUCGAUUAGAUACCAAACCUGUAAGUUUGUUGUUUUUGGUUACUGUAUUUUUGUUUUGAAACUACAGUAAAAUUCUUUUCUUAAGAUUUUGAAACAAGCUUUAAGAAUUAUGGAUUUUCCUGUAUUUUAGCCAUUAGAUUGUGUGUGUUCAUUAUGCGGCCUUCGGAUAUUUGAUCAGUUUAUGUUAAAGGUAAGUCAUUAUAGAUGUAAAGGACAUAGACCUUGUUAAUGUUAAUUUAGAAUAUGUUUUUAAUCUACUUUGUAACUUUUUGUUUUGUAUUAUAUAAUGUUGUACUCAAAUUGAUUUGGUAGGUUCAAUCACACGUGUUUCACGAAGCUUGUGCGCGAUGCUUUAAAUGUGGGUGUCAACUGGAUGAAACUUGUUACGAGCGGAAUGGGCUACUGUAUUGUAGGCUGCAUUACGCAAAGUAAGCACAUUUUACUUUCAUUUAACAGGUCUUUGUAAUAUUAUAAUAUUUCACAUUUCAAAAUUUGAUUUUUACUCUUCAGAAGUUACUGUGCUGGUUGCCAGAUGCCAAUCAAGUCUUCAGACAUGGUUUACAAACUUAAAGUAAGCGGAUGACAAUAGAAGUAAAUGAAUUAGAGUCUACAAAGUUAUUUUUUGUUGUUUCCAGUUUUUAAUCUUUUCCAAUGCUUACUAAUAGAUUACAGACGGAUAUGGUAUUCCACGUGCAAUGUCAUGUAUGUAUUCAAUGUGGAAAGCCUUUAGCCCCAGGAGACCAGAUUCUUGUUGACGAGGAGUCGAAAACAGUGUCUUGUGCCAAUCAUUACAACGACUCACGUAGGUCACAUUAAUAUAAAUUUACGUUACAAUGGCGAUUAAGUUACCUUUGUUAAUGUUAACUUUUCAACCAAGAACUAAAGAAAGACACCUAUAUAUUUAUAUAUUUCUACCUCAUUUUCAGAAGACGAGUCGUUUUCGAAAAAUACAGUAGCCGUAAACUUACCGCCAAUACCACAGUAUCCGUUCGAGAUGUACACAUUUGGAGAGAUGUACUCGGACGAUAGCAAGUAUAUGAAGAGAAGAGGGCCGAGGACUACUAUCAAACAAAGUCAGGUAAGUUUUGAUAGUAAAUUCAUGAGCGCCUAGUCAUUUCAAUGAUAUUUUUAGUAAAACGUCUUUUCAAAAACACCUCCAGUAUAAUUUUCAUUAUUCCUAUACCUCCAAAAUCUUUAUCUAUGCUCGAAAAAGUAUGUUAAACGCAGACCUUUUGACUUGAACAUAACAGUUUUGAAAAGACAAAACUAAAGUUAGGUCAUCAGCCAUUCCAGUUGAGUAAAAUGACAUUAAUUUCCCGCACGACUCGUUAUAAUGACAUACUGAUCGUAGGGAAGCGCGAUUAGACAUCUGUUAAUUGCGUGAUAUCGGGGAAUAGCUGAUGGCCAUCGUUUCAGUUGGAUGUUCUGAAUAGGAUAUUCUCCACCUCGCCCAAACCCUCCAAACAUGUCCGCGCCAAGUUGGCCCACGAGACCGGCCUCAGCAUGAGGGUUAUACAGGUAACAACAAUAUAUAUUUUACGUUUACAAACUUGGCAGGAAACUAUUUUUAUAUUAUUGUAGGUUUGGUUUCAAAACAGACGAUCCAAAGAGCGUCGACUCAAGCACUUGUGCAAUUUCCUCAGACAUUACGAGGAGAAAGGAUUAUGUCCACCUAGUAUGAACUUCGCAGGUAACUUUUACCUAUCUUUACCUUGUUUUACUUGGAAAAGUUUAAAUUUUAUGCAAACUUUAGACGUUUUUUUGGGCAAAAAUUAACGAUAAAAAUUGGAAAUAAUAAAAAGAAAAGGUACCACACUUAAUAAAAAAAAAGGUUUUUUCUCAAGGAAUGUUGUGAUGACCAAUACUGCUUUGUAAAAACACUUUUGACGCUAGCCAUUAGACCACCUAAUUUUAGUCAUAAAAGUCACAUAAUUCAACUUGAACCCAUAAAAUCAAAUUUCAGAGGACCACACAUUAAACCAGCAGUAUUCGCCGACUCAAUUCAACGACGACGACGACAACCAAUGA